GAACAUAGCGGAUUUGAGGAGAGUGGCUAAUGCUAGUGGAUUUCUCCAAAUAGAGACAUACAGAUAAUUAACGUUUUGUAGUGAACAUUUUGCUGACAAACGUUAUACUAUUAUAUAAAUACUAUUGACGCAGUAGGGCCAGUUUAAAAAGUCAUUGCAUCGAACGAAUUCAAUUGGCUUUUUAAAAUGAAAGGACCUGCAUAGUGUUAGCCUAAGUGGCUAUUGUUAGCUGGCGAAAUAGCUAGCACCAGUGGGUUAGGUCAGACUCUUCGUGCAGAUUGUAGCGAGCUAAUGUAGUGUACCUAUGGGGAUAAGACACGAUUAAGCACGUAUUAUUCUUUUUGAGACGCAACCAUCACUCGCUAGGUGAUACAAGGAGUAAUAACUGAUGCUUUGGAAUUAGCUAAAGGGGGUGUGGAGUCAGCCAUACGCAUUUAAAAAAUAAUAAUAAUAAAAAAGGGGUGAAACAUGACACAGCUGGCGUUAGCGGUGUCCUGCUGGGCGUAGCGGCAUGGGUCAUGGCCGUCUGCAGCAGCGGAACUGAGACACGACAUGGGGAAACUCCAGAGCAAGAUCCGGCGCCGCUCUGACCUCUACAGGACCAAUCGGGACGAAGGGGCGGAGAAUGUUCCUGUCAAUCAGGUGCUGCAGUAUGACCCCGCCCACACAGAUGCCAUUAACUGUGUCACCACCAUUUCCUCUGAUCUGUGUGUAUCUGGAGGGAGUGACCAGGCUGUCGUUGUGUACAACUGGAGAGCUGGGCACCUGCAUCAGUCACUACAGGCCCAUACCAAGGAGGUCACCAAGGUGAAAUGUGUCCCGGGAACGAGCCUGAUCUUCAGUGCUUCCCGGGAUAAGACGGUCCUGAUGUGGGAUCUCAGCUCUGGAGACGAACCCCUGCAGGAAUUCUGCGGCCACGAGCUGGUGGUGAACGGGCUGGACGUCAGUCCUGAUGCGUCACAGAUCUGCACGGGCUCCCGGGAUAAUUCCAUGUGCUUAUGGGACAUUGAGUCCGGAGAGUGUCUGCAGAGGAAGACCAUCUCCCGUAACCUGGUGACUCAUGUGUGCUGGGUGCCUGGGGGGACCUCCAUCGCACAGACCUCAGAGGACAAAACUAUCAAGGUUUGGGACAGCCGGAGCUGGCAGAUCUGUAACACGUUCCCGGCGAAGCAGCACAUCCAGACACACUGCGCUGUGAGCAGCAACUCACACUACCUGCUGAGCAGCAGCAACGGGUUCGGGGGCCAGGGCUGCGAAACCACGCUGUGGGACCUCAGGCAGCCCGGCUGUAAGGUGGUGGAGUACAGGGGUCACCUCCAGACUACGGCCUGCUGCACCUUCCUCCCCUGCAGCCAGGGGGCGCCACCCAUGGUGGCCACCUCGUCUCACGAUUGCUCCGUCAAAGUCUGGGACCAGAACACUGCAGCCUGUCUCUGUACUCUGACGCUGGGCGGGUCGGGGCCCCUGGUGUCCCUGGCAUCGUGUGAUGUCACCGGCCUCCUGUGCGCCAGCUUCAACACCGGGCUUCACCUGCUGACGCUGAGCCAGGGGGCGGAGCCUCACCUGCGCGAGACCGCCAGGUUCUGACCUCCGAACCUCAGCGUAGCCCUGUAGCGCAGAGCCGGCGCCGCGGGAAACCGAUGGAUUCCAUACAGAUUACAUGCUUUUAUCCAAAGUGACUUACAGUUGAUUAGACUAAGCAGGGGCCAAUCCCCCCCUGGAGUCAUGUGCGGUUUAGGGCCUUGCUCAAGGGGCUUGAACCACCAACGUUCCGAGUCCCAGUCAUGUACCUUAGUCACUAGGUUCAGCAGUAGCAGACCUGGGUCCCAACACUCAUUUUAAUGUGGUAGAACAGUCUGUAGUUUGAUGGGAUCCGGAUGUGUCACAAAAUGGCCAACACUCUCCCUCUUAAAAAGAGCAGCAGUAGAACAUGCAUAUCUUCUGUUAUAACUCUGAGGUACUCAUUCUAAUUUUCUUUUGCUCUGAAAUGUUUGAGCUCUGGUGCAAGCAUUUGAGCUUUAGAGGCUGGUAAAAUGUGUAAAAUACUUGUGCAGGUCCCUGAGAAUUUCAAAACAAAAUGUAAAAUGUGACUAACGGAAUAUGUGCAAUCAUGUUUAAAAUAUGGGGACUUUUUUUUUGUUCCUUUUCAAAAUUGUCAGUACUCUGCAAUAAUUUUAGUGGUGUCUCACCCAGGUCUGGCUGAUAGUUCUGGAAGUUCUGUAAAACUCAUAAGCAAGUGACGUGGUUAUCUGGAAAAUGACACCACGGUGAACUGUGCUAUGAAUGAAAACAUGGGGCUCUUCCCAGAAUGCCCCUGAAAAGAAUUUAAUCCCUGCUGAAAAAAACAGUUCCAGCUAUGUUUUGAAAUAGCUGGAAGCUGGUUGACCAGUUCAGACCAGCUCCCAGCUUGACAUGGUUUCACCAGCUCAAGCUAUGUUUUGAAACAGCUUGUCUCUGGUUGAGCAGCUAUCACUAGGUGGUUGACCAGCUCAUAUCCACCUAAGACAAGUGUCAUGACCAGUGUGGCCAUGCUGGUUGACCAGCUUAUUCCCAGCUAGACCAGCUUUAUGACCAGCUCAAUUUUCAAGACGGUCAAGCUGGCAUAGCUGGAUUUUACAGCAGGGAUGUUCGUCAUGCUACUCAGGGUCUGCAAUACAUUGUUUAAGCAUUGUGUGAAUGCCUGGUGGUUGUUUUUAGCAGCACUUAAAACCUUUCUGCUCGGAGACUCUCUAACUGAGCGUCAGGCAAAGACAUCAGACAGCUUUUUUCGCUGAUGCCGUGGCACGCUCUACAGAAGGCCCAGUCGCCGGGAGGUGAGCCUCAGUCUGGUGCUCCGUUCACUCCGAGUCUCUGUUCCACUCGCCCCACUGCCAUGUAAAACAAGUCGAC